AUGGAGCACGUCGACAAGCUCAUCGAGCGCAUCGCAGAGGCGACAUCCCAGCUCGCGCCUCUGUCGCAGCUCUCCGCAGGGAUGCCCCUCGCGCCCGUUCAGCCGCUCCAGAGCCUCAUCCAGCACCUCCAAUCGACAAACGUCCACGAUGUCUAUUUUCCCUUUGUCCGCUUUGCCGCGCUGCACGCCGCGCGCGUCGCCACGGCCUGGGCGGCCAUGACGCAUACGCGUGGUGGUAACCCUGGUGUGCUGCAGGACCUGUUUGGAUUCUUGACAGUGUCGUGGGGCGGUGGUACCGUUGCGGCCAUGCUCACUUCCACGCCGCCUGCAUGGCUCAUCUCGCCCACCCCGUGGCUCAUCUACCCUGCCGUAUACGCUCUGCUCAUCCCCACGGGAAUGGCGCUGUUCAUCGUGCAGACGGCGCCUACCCUCCCGUUCAACCUCGCCAUGUCGGUCGUGGACGGCAUGGCCCGCGGUGUGGCCAUUACGGCUGUCCCCACGCUUGUGGCCAACUCGACCGUCGCCGCUGGUGGUUGGUGGGCCACUGCUAUUCUCGGCGCGGUCGCGACCAACGGCGGUGGGUGGGUCGUGCAGCUGCUCGGCCUGUCCCACGCCCGGUGGACGAUUGGUCGCCCCAACAUCCUUGGCGGCGGAAUCCUCGGCACGCUUGACGUUUGGGGUGCCAUGCUCUGCUCCAUCGUUUACUGUGCCCUCACUCGCACGUAUUCCGAGCUGGCACCCGUGACCGACUUCCUCGCACAGCACAUCCCCGACGAGCUCCGUGACGCCAAGGCCGCCGGCCCCGUCAGCAACGACACGGCCCGUGCCAUCGCCGUCCUUCUCCUCACCGGUCUCUUUGCCGCUCGUGUCAUUACUACGCAGGUUCUGGCGUGGCGUAAGGCUCCUCGCCGCGUGCAGACCAAAGUUGAGCCUCCUGUCAAGAACUCGAACACCGCGGCCGCCGUCGUUGUCAAGACUCCCGUGGAGAAGUCGGGGCUCGAGUCGGCUACCUCGUCCCCCAAGCCCCGCAAGCGCAAGACCAAGAGCAAGACCAAGAGCCCUGGUCCCGAGUAA